AUGAUCCCCGGAAUCGGUGUCGACCUCCUCCACCUCCCCCGACUAUCCACUCUCCUCUCCCGGCGCAACGGCCACUAUCUCAACCGGUUCGCCCGACGCAUUCUCACCCGGAAUGAGCUCGCCACAUUCCAGCGAAAGCUCGGGGAAGCAGAUGGCGCCACCCGCGAAUGGGGAAGAGAAGGUGGAUUGGUGAGAUGGCUUGGUGUGCGCUGGGCUGCCAAAGAAGCUGCAUUCAAGGCUACUGGAGGUGUUAGAGGUGCCCUGGGUUGGAAAGAAGUCCAGGUGGAGUAUCAUCCUUCGGGACAACCAUAUUUGUCGGUUUCGAGAGGGUCGGAAAAGGCAGUUGGCGGGUUAAGUAUCUCCCAUGAUGGGGAAUACGUUAUAGCGAUGGCGAUGCUGCCAGCUACUCCUGCUCAAAGAUGA